UUGGCACAGUGUAGUAUUUUGUUGGUUUUUUUUUGCAGACUGUAUGUGACCAUGACUCUUUCUGGUGAAUACAAAGAGUCCCAGCGCACUGGAUUGCUUUUGGAGUUUGAGGAGAUUGACAUAGUGGGCGAGGACGAGCCAGUGCGCAGGCGGCUGUACAGAAAGGAGGGCUCCACGGAGCCCGGGUUCUCAGCCGAGUCCGGGGCCGAAUUUGACUCCUCGGAGCCGGACUCGUCCGGGGAAAGCGAGAACAGUUUCUGCACUGAAGUUCCACUGUCCAAGAAGGUGCAGAGCAGCUCUGUGAAGCCCCCCUACUCCUACAUCGCCCUCAUCACCAUGGCCAUCCUGCAGAGCCCGCACAAGAAGCUGACACUGAGUGGCAUCUGUGACUUCAUCAGCAACAAGUUUCCCUACUACAGAGACAAGUUCCCUGCCUGGCAGAACUCGAUCAGACACAACCUUUCUCUCAACGACUGCUUCAUCAAGAUCCCGAGGGAGCCUGGGAACCCGGGCAAAGGCAACUACUGGUCUCUGGACCCCGCGUCCGAGGACAUGUUCGACAACGGCAGCUUCCUCCGCCGCAGGAAGCGCUUCAAGAGAAACCAGCCCGAGUUUGGCAAAGACGGACUCGUGUUUUAUUCGGGCUUGAGCUACUACCGGCCCUACGGACAGCCUUACAGCGUGCAGGGCCAGAUGAACCCCGUACCUGUUACUCACAUGCGCCACAUGCAACUUCAGGACGGCAUCAUCCCUGUCUCUUCAUACCAGCUCCCGCACGCACUGGACACUCACGGGAAGUGCAACAGGUCUAGGGACUCAAGGGUGCAGCAGACAGACGCAGCAAAGCCCGGCCCGCAGGGGAAAUGCUCCUUUAGUAUAGACAGCAUCAUGAGCAGACCCUCUCCUUUCAGUCAACAGGUCGCACAUCCAUCGCACAGUCCUUGCAGCAGCGUUGGAUACGGCCACCUCCUGUCGAGACCAAGUGCCUGUAUGGUGCCAACACUCCUGCAGCCUUCAAGGACUCCCUUCUAUCCUUUUCCCGCACUGAGCACUGCUCCUUUGGGACAUGAGCAUCUGGGACUGGCUUAA